UUGAAACACAUAACCCGCUGCCAACACAGACAGCAGGUAUGUAAACCUGCGGUUGUUUGAGUGAUUAAAUUAGGGCGCGUUGGCUCCGCUGCGCCCACUUCUGCGUGUCUCGCGCUCAAACCUCAUGAAUAUUAAACAGGCGUCGGACGCAAUAAAACCCACUCCCCCUCCCCUCCUCCCUCUCCAUCCGGCACCGACAGCACAGCAUCCACCAGCUGAACUCUCCGCCGGGCUUCCAUCGGAACCCUUCGCUCCGUGACUGAAGACACCGAGGGUUUGGUUUUAUUUAUUCAUUUUAUUCUGUAUUUAUUUGUCGCGGCGAGGAUAAUAGAAGGAGAAAAAUGGCUCUGAGAGGACUGCUCUCCCGUCUCCUCCGGACUCAACUUAGACAAACCUGCCAGCAAAGCAGGGCUCAGUCUGUGGCCAUACUGGGAGCCCCGUUCUCCAAAGGACAGAAAAGAGGAGGAGUGGAGCACGGACCCAAAGUUAUCAGAGACGCGGGUCUCGUCGAGAGGCUGUCCAGCUUGGACUACUCUGUUCAUGACUUCGGGGACCUCAGCUUCCACCUCCCGGAGACGGACGAGCCCCACAUGGACGUGAAGUCCCCGAGAAGCGUGGGCGGCGCCAGCCAAAAGCUCUCCCGCGCAGUGAGCAGAGCCGUCGGCGCCGGGCACACUCUGGUCAUGUUGGGGGGAGACCACAGCCUCGCCAUUGGAUCAGUGAGCGGCCACGCCCAGCAGUGCCCCGAUCUGUGUGUCAUCUGGGUCGACGCUCAUGCAGAUAUAAACACGCCCAUGACGUCGCCGACAGGAAACCUCCACGGCCAGCCGGUGGCGUUCAUGCUCAAAGAGCUGCAGGACAAGAUGCCUGACAUCCCUGGAUUCUCCUGGACUAAACCGUUCCUCUCUUCACGGGAUCUGGUGUACAUCGGACUCCGGGACGUCGACCCUGGAGAGCACCACAUCCUAAAGAGCCUGGGCAUCCAGUACUUCACCAUGAGGGAUAUUGACAGACUAGGCAUCCAGAGGGUCAUGGAAGUCGCUCUGGACCAUCUUCUGGCAAGGAAACAGCGACCGAUCCACUUAAGCUUCGACAUUGAUGCGUUUGACCCGUCUCUGGCUCCUGCCACAGGAACGCCGGUCAACGGUGGAUUGACCUACAGAGAGGGGAUCUACCUGACAGAAGAGAUUCACAACACAGGUCUGCUGUCGGCCAUCGACCUGGUGGAAGUGAACCCCAUCCUGGGGGCAAACCAGGAAGCGGUGGAGGCCACCGCGUCCUUAGCGGUGGACGUCAUCGCGUCGUCUCUGGGCCAGACGAGAGAGGGCGCUCACGCCUCCAGCCCUGCGGAGAAAAGCGACACGGAGCAGCUCUGCCUCUGAGAGCUCUGAGAAUCGAAAUCUUUCUGAACUUUAAGCCAUGACUGACCAUUCCAUUGUUUUUACUUUCUGCAGUUGUUUAAACUCUGGUGGAAAGCGAGGGAAUUUCUGGAUCCGUAAGCAAAAGAACAAAACGAAAGGGCUUUAAGUGUCUUCAUGUUGGUCAUGCUGAGGAAAGCCUGUAACAUGAUUUGUAAGGACUGGACGGUUUGAUGAAACUGCUGCUUAUCUGAAAAGCAAUACUAAUCCACUUUUGUUUAUUUGUAUGGAGUGUUUUAAAAUAUUAGGAGGUACUGGCCUCAAAGGCAUGAAAUAGUUUCACUUUCUUUAAAGUUCACAGUCUGAUGUGGACUCUUAUUGUUUCGUGGCUGUGCCAGAUAGUUUAAAACUGCUGUAGUAACAUCACUUAUUACUUUUGGACCAGCUGUGGUUACUGUAUUGAGUUUACAAUGGUAGCAGUACAUGCACUUUAAAUAUUUAAAAGAUUAUUAAAAACAACAACAAAAAAACAAAACAACAUUUAGCAUUCAGUCAAACGCUGGGGGAAAGACUCGUGGCGGCUUGUUGCUUCUACUUUAAGAUGAAGACUUAAUGAUUAUUUGCAAAGAGAACUUAUUUUGGUCUUCUAUGAUGAGUGUGAAUAAAUGUUGGUUUGUAUACA